UUUGAAUAACAAAUAGCAAAAUCAGUUUCUGUCUUUGCCACGCGCAAUUUCGAAACUGUCAACUAAGAAAUGUCAUUUAGUUGCUCGAUUAGAACCUGAGCAGAAGACUGUGAACUCAUAGAUUAGUUCAAACUUUAUCCAUCGGGAAAUCCGUGCUAAUUUCAGUAACUCGUAAAAGCGGUCGCUUAAAUAUGAACGUGAAGUGUUCAGUGAAUCUUCUAUGCUUUGUUGCAGUGAUCACUGUGUCUCUUACAGCAACUAUCGUCUCUGCGGAAGAUGACCAAAUGAAAAAGCUGGAGGAGCAGGCCCAGAAAUGCGCCGUAGAGGUUAAAUUAUCUAAUGAGGAAAGGAAAGCGAUAAAAGAUAUCGAAAAUCAAAAUAGGGCCAGCGAAGCAGAGCUAGCUGAGUUAAAGGAAGCAACACCUGAAAAACAAAGAGAAUUGAUAGAGAAAAAGGCAAAGAAGGUUGAGAUCGAGAUGAAGGCAGCGCUGGGAGAGGAGAAAUACGCUGAGUUCGAAAAGUGCAUACUGUCCGCUAUAAACCUACUGGCUAAGAGUAGGUAAACUGCUAGCAGUUUCCAGAGUCCGAGUCAUUCGUGUAUGUCUAUUCGGGAUUGCAGAUUUUUCUAAUAAUACAGAGCUUGAGCCUUACCAGGCUCGAAUUAAAAUACAAUCGAGUUUUGAAAA